AUGAUUGGUUACUUGGAGAAUGGCUCCCCUGAUGAGAAGAAGCUCUUCAAGACAGAAGGUGCCAGCUUGAGUGUGUCGUUGUUCGCUAAUGGAGCUUCAGCUGUUCAUGGAUUUAUUGCUGAGAUUGUUACUUUGCCGAUAUCAGCUAUUGGGUUCAAUCGCGAUGUCCAGCACAACAUAUCGAGCAGUGAAUUCAUAAAGAACAGAGAUGGGGCCAUCACUUACCAGUCUGUAGGCGAAGUCAAUCCUCUAGUAGCCAUCACAAGGAAUGAGAUCAUUAACAACUGCCUCAAACUGUAUGGGAACUUCACUUCUUGUCCUGCUGCUGUUAGAGUCGAUGUGCAGAACACACAGACUCUAGUGUUCAGGAAUAACUUGGUACGCAACAAUGUAGGAGGAUUGCUAGUUCGGGCAGAUUCCCGUGGGUCAGCCACGUCACUUCGUGGAUGGAUACAUAACAACUUGUUCUUCGCUAACCAUGACCUUCCAUGUCUUAAAGUUGAAGGGCGCCAAUCAUCUCCUUACCAAGAAGUGACAAUAUACCGCAACUACUUCACCCGCAAUCGUGUGCCGUUCAGUGACGUCAUCAUCCUUCGUCAAGUCGUCUCCAACUUUACAUACAACUACGUCCAUGAUAACACUGGUAUGAGGAUCCUUGAGGUGUCCGGCUUCGAUAAAGUCAGGCUACCUAUCUAUCAGACCACUUCGCAUAAUGGAUUUUAUAAAAACUACGCUACCGACCGCGAAGGUAGAGCUACUGUGGUAGCAGGAACGGCUGGCCAAAACUACGUAGACAAUAUCUUCUUCAACCCAGACAAUGAUUACGAAAUGAUCACUGUCAAUAGAUCCAUCUUUGUUGACUAUAAUCCAACCGUUAUGAGUUCCCUCGACUUAUGGCGGACAAGGAUUGACGCAAAGCAUAACUUCUGGAGUUACAACGAGACUUUAGCGGUAGCUGGUCGUAUCAGAGAUCAGAGUGACAACCCCCUUUUAUUAGAAGUGGACUAUAGACCGUUCUACAUGAAUAAUCAGACGGUUCUCGGAGGAGGGAAGUGUCCUCCGGGAUGGGAUGCGGUCGCUGGUACUUGUUAUAUGUACGUUGGGGCGCCGAUGACGUAUGAAGAAGCGAGAUUGUUCUGUUUGUCUGACAACGCUUCAAUGCCAUACGUGACGGGUAACUACGCGGCUCUAUACGAGUUCAUCAAUCGACAGAACCAAUGGUUCCAGUAUGGCGACCGAGUCUGGGUCAACCAUAUUGAUUACGUCACCCAGUGCACCUCCUUCGCGUUCUCCAACGUGGAAAUCACUGAUUGUAAUCAGAAGAAUGCUUUUAUUUGCGAAAUUGACCCGAAGAUCAUGAUCGACCCGAUGUCCUGGCGCGGGGACACUCUGGCCGUGGCCUUCAUCGGAGUGUUGAUAGCUGCCGUGUUAUUGGUGGGAGCCGCCCUCGUCUGCUGGUAUUCCAAGUCUAAGCACAGACACGUCCAAAGAUUAGAACGGCGCAACUCGAUUCGGCAGUCGUUACAUUCAGUUCGGUCCAUCGGUAGCAUUAAUGGUGGAUUCCCUGAUACACCGUACAGAAGAAAGCUCGCGCAAAUGAGUACCCGCUCCACGGACACAUUAACAAAAGGCUCGGACUACAGAAAGAUGCUGGCCUCAACCACAUCAAUGGAAUCCAUGGAGAAGAGCCAGUUCAAUUCCUCACUAGACGACAAUCAGAGCUUCGACAUCUACGAGGCACACAACCCCAAUCCAAACGUGAUGCCACUCACACACACCACAUUUGUCAAAAAGCCUAUAACUCCUGAAUACUCAGUACCACAGCAAAAUAACAACAGGCCGUACAAUUUAGCCUUCAGAAAUGAAGGUUAUAGAGACAAUUCUGGCACAGCCAGUGGAGCUCCCUCAAUAAAUACGGUAGCUACAGAAGAAAUACCAAUCUUACACCACCCUGAAGGUCUAAGAUCCCCUCCAGAUGAGUACACAAUAUCACCAAGAAGUGAUUCUCAGUACUUUACUUCAGAUACAUUGCCUUUAAGAGAUAAUUCUGAAGACGGUGAUACUUUAAAACGUCAGUUAGAGAGACAAGGCAAGAUUUAUGGACCUUAUGGAGCCCCUGCAGGCAGUUAUGGCGCUCCGAAGCUUUCUUUCCUAAUGGAGCUAAGGUCCAAAAUGCCAGAUCAACCGCAAGCGGGGGCGGUGCCUGCUACUACUUUUGGGCAGAGGAAUAACGUUGCAGAUCAACAGCAAUAUUACGAGGACAACCUACCAAGUCCGCCGCACCCGCCGGUAUACUCCAGCGCAUACGACACAACCACCUCAGACAACAUUCCCAGCUACGAUUCAAGUCCUCACGAUCUUUCUAGAGAGUUCGAUGAUUCGCCAUUACCAGAACUACAUCAUAGGUCCAAGUCUGAAGCGUUAUUAGAAACGAACUUCGACUUUGAAGACUCAGAAGCCAGUCCGGUACCGAUGUCAGAAGCAAGUCGAUCACAUAGUCAACCACUAGAAACUGCUAUGUAA